AUUUUUUUUUGGGAUGGAGAGGCCAGAGAGUAAGAAUAGAAUUAAAGCGGCGCAUUUGUGAAAACCUUGGGGGAACUUCUAAGUCCAAAACCACCAUUAACGACGGUAAGUUUUCUUCAACUCCUCUCUUGUAUUUUCGUAUGCUCUCUUGUUAGGGUUCUAGUUCCUUGGACUACAUCUUUUCUUCUUCUCAACACCAAUUUUGGAGAGUUUAAAAGGUUCCAAUGUUAGCAAUCGGAACGUUUCCGCCGGAGAUAUGGUCCUCGCUUCCGUACCGUUCUGGUAUGAACGUUCCGAAGCGCCGUUUGCAAAGAUUGGCGUAUCAGGUAACUAUGGAACAGGGAUUUUCACAGAAUGUGAAUUUUCCACCUGCGUUAUUCAAGAACAAGAAAAAGCCUUAUCGAUCAGUAAAAAAGGAGGGGCAUCCUCAGAAUGUGGAUCUUCCACCCGUAUUACCAAAGAAAAAGAAAAAACCCUAUCCAAUCCCAAUUACAGAAAUUCAGAGAAGGGCAAGGGAAGACAAGAAACUUGCUCAAAUGGGUAUUGAAAAGCCUCUUGAACCUCCUAAAAAUGGUAUACUGGUUCCUGAACUGAUUCCCGUUGCACAUGAAGUUCUCGAUUCUUGGAAAGAUCUAAUUAAAGGUCUUGCACAACUCUUGCACGUUAUUCCAGUCUAUGCUUGUAGUGAGUGUUCGGAGGUUCAUGUGGCUGAGAAUGGGCAUCAAAUACAGAACUGCCAUGGUUCAAACAGCAAUAAGCGCCGAGGUUUUCACAUAUGGGUUAAGGGAUCAAUCAAUGAUGUGCUUAUUCCUAUAGAGUCAUACCAUCUCUUUGAUCCUUUUGGUCGACGAAUCAAACAUGAAACCAGAUUCAACUAUGAUAGAAUCCCUGCCAUUGUUGAACUUUGUAUCCAGGCUGGUGUAGAUUUACAGGGUUACCCCUCACGCCGCAGAACCAAACCCAUCAGAAUCAUUGGGAAGAAAGUAAUUGAUCGGGGCGGGUACCUCGAGGAUCCUAUGCCUAAUCCUAGAGAUUCUUCUGCCCUUCUUGACUAUGAUACCCAGGGUUCUUCGUUUAGGUUCCCAGCACCACAGCCCUCAGACGUACCUAGGAUUGCUCAAGAAACAAUGAAUGCAUACGAAACUGUUGGUAAGGGCUUGAGGAAGCUGAUGGCGAAGUAUUCUGUCAAAGCAUGUGGGUAUUGCCCUGAAGUUCAUGUGGGUCCAUGGGGCCAUGAUGCGAAACUCUGCGGGGAAUUUAAGCAUCAGUGGAGGGAUGGGAAGCAUGGGUGGCAAGAUGCAGUUGUUGACGAAGUAUUCCCACCCAAUUAUGUGUGGCACGUUCGAGAUCCUAGAGGGCCUCCGUUGAGGACUGAGCUGAAGAGAUUCUACGGAAAGGCUCCUGCUGUGGUUGAAGUGUGCCAACAAGCUGGUGCGAAGAUCCCUAAGAAGUAUAAACCAAUGAUGAGGCUUGACAUUGUGCUUCCUGAUACUGAGGAAGCUCGUUUUGCUGUCUGACAAUGGAGGGCUUGUUUAAGUGAGUUCUACUAAGAUGGAUGUGUAAAUACUUGUGCUAUUAGUAAGUUUUCCAACGUGUACUAUUCGAAUGUGGAAUUUAGUAUUGUGUACAAAGUAGCACUCUAGCCUCUAGGAGUAGCACUAUAGCCAUGUUUGGUUACCCAAAAAUUAUCUGCACUAAAAUUCUUUAUAAAUAGUAAUAGCUAAUUGG